CAAAGACUUCUGUGACGCAGACCAAUGCCGAAAGUUGGAGUUUACCCCUGAAAAAACUUUUGAUGGAAGACGUCUCAUAAACCACGUCAUUCGCAUCGUUGAAGUUCUGACAAUGAAUUUUUGUGACAACAUGUGUUAUAUGGAACCCGACUGUGUCAGCAUUAAUCUUUAUAAACGAGUGAGUGGUCAUGGAGCGUACAAAUGUGAAUUGAAUAAUGUUACUCACGAAAGUCACGAACACGACCUGGAGAAGGUAGACUAUUAUGUUUAUCAUGCAGCUGAGAGCGCUUGUGUUGAUAACCCUUGCAACAAUAAUUCUACUUGCCAAAGCGGUUUUACUGACAAAGGAUAUCGCUGUUUGUGUACCGCUGGAUUCAAAGGUCCAAGAUGUAAGAAAGAUAUCGACGAGUGUGCUGCAGGAACACAAGACUGCAGUAAAAAUGCUGUUUGUAACAAUACAAAAGGUUCCUAUAACUGUUCAUGUAAACCUGGAUAUUCUGGAAAUGGACGGACUUGCGAAGAUAUAGACGAGUGUGCAACAGGAAAAACGAACUGCAGUGCUGAUGCUGUGUGCAACAAUACUAAGGGAUCGUACAACUGUACAUGCAAAGAAGGAUACUAUGGAGAUGGAAAUAUCUGCCGUUUGGCUUCAACGUGUAAGGAAAUUUUCGACCGGAAUGUAUCGAAAACGAGUGGCGAGGUUACCCUGCACUUAGACUCAAAGCCAAUAUCUGUUUUCUGUCACAUGGGAGACUUUGGAUGCGGAGAUGGAGGAUGGACGCUGAUCAUGAAGAUUAAUGGCAGUGAGAGAACAUUCCAUUACGAUUCCCAGUUUUGGAGCAACAGAAGUGCUUACAACCUUCGAGGAGGCAAGACUGGCUUUGACUUACAAGAGACAAAGUUACCGACCUUUUGGACCACAUCCUUCUCCAAGAUAUGCCUUGGUAUGAAGAUCAGUAAUCAGCUCAGAUUCAUCGUCAUCAACAAGCGGGCCGACUCUCUCCACUCCCUUAUUGCUGAUGGGAAAUACCGCAACACCUCACUGAGCCGUGAAACGUGGAAGUGGCUGAUUGGCUCACAGGCCUCCUUGCAGCCCAAAUGCAGUAGGGAAGGAUUCAAUGCGGUGGGAGACAGCCCCAGUUUUUCCAAAGCAAGAAUCGGCAUCACCGCUAACCAGCAGAAUGACUGUUCCUCCUGUAACUCACGAAUUGGUUUUGGCACAGGAGGUCUAUUUGAUGACUCCAACACGUGUGGAAAUGAGGCAACGCUCCAGCCAGAUAAUGGAAACAAGCACAUCAAAGCCAUAGGGUACAUCCUGGUACAGUGACAGGGGACACAGUUAACUCCCCAAAGUUUAAGCCGAGAAGCCAUCAUGAAUCAGAAAAUGUAGAAUCCUAAAGCUUACCAGCUUAUAAAACGGGUUCGAAAAUACCUCCUCCUUUGUCUAAUUUGUCUUAAAUAUAACUUUUUUUAAAUAUAGUCUUAGAAGUUUUAAUUGUGCAAAGCCAAUUCGAAGUAGAAAUUGGCAAUGAAGACAUAUUCGAUGUAUUCAUAUUUCGUCGCAAACUGUACUUAAAAAGGAGGUCAUGAUCUGAUCACGCACUGAAGGAAGUAUUUUCGCUCCACGCCUACAAAGGCCUAAAAUAUGUAUAUGUAGG